UUCGAGAUGUACACUUUGAAGUCCGGUGUUGCAGCUCUUGUCCUUCUUGGACAGGGCGUCGCUGCUCAAAGUUACCAAAAUUCUUCUUCUUCAUCAUGGGACCACUCUCUUUACACCAGUAGCCCGGCAAACACGACUGGUAUUGGUUGGGAAGAAGCUCUCCAAAAGGCCAAGCAAUGGGUUUCGCAAUUGACCCUGGAGGAGAAGGUUGGCGUGCUCACUGGAGAGCCAAACGGCCCUUGCAUUGGUAUGUCUAUCCUCUCAUACUCAUACCGAUAUGCUCAUAUAACACAGNGCAACAUCGCCGCUAUUCCUCGCGUUGGGUUUCCCGGCCUCUGUUUACAGGAUGGUCCUUUGGCCAUCAGACAAGCAACAUUUGCCUCAGUCUUCCCGGCAGGUAUCGCAGCUGCUUCGUCAUGGGACCGUGAUUUGAUCCGUCAAAGAGGCGAAUACAUAGGAGCGGAGUUCAGAGACAAGGGCUCGCAUGUAGCCUUGGGCCCUGUGGCCGGACCACUUGGAAGAUCAGCCGACGCUGGUCGUGGUUGGGAGNGAUUCUCCNCCGACCCAUAUCUUACCGGUGUGGCCAUGAAGGAAACCAUUGAAGCUAUGCAAGACGCUGGUGUUCAAGCUUGUGCAAAGCACUUCAUCGGUAACGAGCAGGAGACUCAGAGAAACCCUGGACUUUCCCCUACCAACAAGACUAUCGAAGCUGUCUCGGCCAAUAUUGAUGACCGAACCAUGCACGAACUUUACUUGUGGCCAUUUGCCGAUGCUGUCAAGGCUGGAGUUUCCUCCAUGAUGAACAGCAAAGCAAUCAACGGUCUUCUCAAGGAAGAGCUUGGCUUCCAGGGUUAUGUCAUGUCCGACUGGGGAGCAACCCACGGAGGUGUCGCCAAUGCCGAAGCCGGUAUGGAUAUGGACAUGCCUGGUACUAUCGUAUUCUUCCAAGCUGGAUCAUCUUACUGGGGACAGAACCUUACUAAUGCUGUCAACAACGGUACCGUUCCUGAAUCAAGAAUCGACGACGCCGCCCACAGAAUCAUGACACCCUACUUCUUCCUGGGACAGGAUCAGGACUACCCUUUGAUCGACCCCAGCAGUGGUGAUAUCAACAUCCUUGGUAUCAAGCCUUACCUCGACACCUUCCAGUAUGGCGAGGCAAAUGUUGAUGUCCGCGAUAACCACGCAGAUCUUAUUAGAGAACUCGGCUCCGCUGGUACCAUCCUUCUGAAGAACACAAACAACGCCUUGCCCCUCAACAAGCCCAAGAACAUUGCAGUGUUCGGUAACGAUGCCAGCGACCCGGAGAACGGUCUUUACUCGUUGUCUUUGGUGGGCAAUGGUGAUUACGAUUCUANNGGUGGCGGAUCGGGCACUGGUCGCUUGACUUAUCUGUCGACCCCUCUGGACGCUCUAAAGGCUCGCACCAAGCAGGACGGCACUCUUUUGCAGUGGAACAUGAACAACACCGCCUUGACAGACCCUACCCCGGGAGCUGCUUUUGGCGCGAUCUUCCCUCUCCCUGACACCUGCAUUGUUCUCAUCAAAACAUGGGCUGCAGAAGGCACCGACAAGGUGAAUCUUCUACCCGACUGGAACGGUACCGCUGUCGUGAACGCAGUUGCUGCCUAUUGCAACAACACCAUCGUUGUGACCCACACUUCAGGCCCUAUCGUCAUGCCUUGGGCAAAUCACCCCAACGUCACCGCUAUUCUCGCAGCGCACUUCCCCGGAGAACAAUCGGGCAACAGCUUGGUCGAUGUCUUGUACGGCGACUACAACCCUAGUGGAAGACUUCCCUAUACCAUUGCCUACAACGAGUCCGACUACGCUUUCGCUCGCGUCGUCAACUCUACCGAGUUGAAGCUCACCGAGGACCCCAACGCUUGGCAAGCAGACUUCGAGGAGGGCCUGCUCAUUGAUUAUCGUCACUACGACUACUACAACCUCUCUGUCCAGUACGAGUUCGGAUAUGGUCUGUCGUACACCAACUUCUCCAUGUCUGAUGUCAAGGUCGAGCGUCUCGCCCCUCAGAACCUGACUGCUCGUCCCGCACCGGCUAGUACCAUGCCUGGUGGCAACCCCACUCUCUACGAUACCAUCUACGAGAUCACCGUCAAGGUCAAGAACACUGGUUCCAUUGCUGGUGAUGCCAUUCCUCAACUCUACCUCUCUCAGCCCGUCGAUGUCUCUUUCGGCCGCACUCCCGUCCAGGUCCUCAGAGGUUUCGACAAGGUCGCCCUUGGUGCUGGACAAACCAGAACCGUCACCUUCCCUCUCAUGAGAAGGGAUUUGAGUUUCUGGGAUGCUGUGCAGCAGCAGUGGAUCAUUCCUUCUGGUCAGUUCGGUGUUAGAGCCGGAUUCAGCAGCAGAGAUAUUCAAGUCACUUCUGGCUUCAGCGUUUUGUAG